UCUAUUUUCAAAGUUUCUACUCCUUUUACAACUGAUUCAUCUCCUACAAGUCAUAAUUACUCUGUUAGUACCAAGAUAGUGACUCAACACUCUUACUUGGAAUACUCCUCAAAAGACUUCUCGAAAGACUUCUCGAAAGACCCACCCUUCCAUAAGGCCACCUAAACACAGACCACCAUGGACAGCGCUCUGAAAUUGUCCAUCCAUUCACUUGUGUCCUCAGAUGCCCAGUCCACGGGGGCCUUACGGGAAAAUCCGGAUUCGGGCUUUACGCCCGCCCAAGAGCUCUCUCAGAGUCACCCCACACGCGACACCGAGGAACUUGAAGCGGUUGAGGCGUUGAAGGCCCUCAAGUCUUCCUCAAACUCUCCUAAGCCCGUGUUCAACACCGCAACCGGUGCCUACGACGCCCAGCACUCGCUGUCGUCGCCAUCAUCCAUUCUCACUAAAAUGGCCCACAACCCAAUCAUUUCCCAUGCUGUGCGGGCGUACGAGAGUUCCAAGUCGUACUCUCCUCGCUUCAAGUAUGGGGCUGAGAUGGUGGAAAGAAACGCCUUUUUACCGGUCGUUAGACGCCUCGAUGGCUCUAGCGCACUCAAGAGACAAAGACGGUUAGAUGGCGGGGCCGAGACCUCUGCUGUCCCGGAGGAAGACCACGAGACACGUCACAAAGCCUUACCGGGUAUUACCGAUGCCUUGAGACUCCCUCCAAGCAUCACGGUAGCCGGGUUGAACAUGUCUAUUGAGUCGCGCCGUAAGAUUCGCUUCGUGCUCCACGUGUUGAAGUUGGCAAACCAGCAGAUAUCGAACAAAGUCAACGACUUGCAAUCCAGCUUCCGUGAAGAAGAUGCCGGAGAACCCAUCCUAGUGGAUAAAGAAGCCUCUGAAAACGUCUCGUCCUCUGCUUCCACGUUAAACGACACUGCGCAUGUAGACGAGAGCUCGGAUGAAGAGGAAGCCAACCCUGUCCACAGGCAACGCGACUCUCUGUUCGACGACCCUGAAUCCUUGACGCCGCAAAUUUCCCACCCCCACCCCCAAGGCUACUCCACACCCGCGGGAAACUUGCGCGCUGGCAGCUUGUCGCCAACCGUCUCCCAUACCUCUUUUGUCUCCGCAGUUGGAAGCACCAUCAACACGCCGUUGCAGCAGUACACCCAGCAGACGCAAAAGGAGAUUGUCAACACUGUCAAGAAGAUCAUCAACGUGGUAUCGUCCUUCACCAGCAACGGUGCCGGCGCGGCCAUCCCAGGCCCGGAAAGAGCCCAAAUCAGGGAGAGCAUCAUUGGCUUGCCGGUGAGAUGGUCCUCCUCCCUCACCCGGACUCGCAGCCGCUCCGGCUCGGUGAACGGGGAGGAUGACGACCGCAGCUCCUCGUUUGUGGGCACUUCGUUCGACCACAUGCCUGCCGAAGGGGUCAACGAAAAGAGAGACAAGGUUAUUGUGUUGGCGCAGGAGUCAUUGGAAAUGAUUCAGAACAUUACCAAAAUCUUUGACGAGACGUUGUCCAGAGCGGAGGACUACGUCAAGCAGAAACAGUACGACUCUGUCUACAAGAAGCGUGCGUUGAUAGAGGAAGAGCGCGAGAAACAGAGUGAAGGCAAGAAAGAGACGGAUGAUGCUGACAGCGAGGAAAGUGACUUGGAAAUGGUCAGAGCUUGCUAGGCAAUUUUUCUGUUUUUGUUAUGAUUGUUUCCGACUGGUUUGCCUGGUUCUGACGCUAUACCCAUUCUUAUCCGAGCUGUUAUUUUGUUUGACUGUUUUGCUUGCUUUAUUAUUCCGUCGUCGCCGUGGGAUUGGUGUAGUGUAUGUUCUAUUUGAAGGUGUGGACUUCAAUACUAUCUAUGUCGUGAAAUUAAUUAUUGUGUUAUGAAUGUUGUAAAGGUUUUUAGAAAGCCUUUAUGGGUCGGAGUACUGGCGAAAUAGCUAUUAAUACUGAUUCAAAUCGUCUUGGGCGAAUUUCAGUGCUG